UUUAAUCCCAUCGAAAAAAUGCUUUUAAUGUUAGGCAAUGCGAAGCGCAAAUGUGAGUCCUCGCGGGCGCGCGAGAGGCCGGGGACGAGGUCGAGGACGACCGCCUCUAAACCGCACGAUCGAGAAAGGGUCAUCCUACAUGAAAUUUGAGGAUGAAAUCGAGCUCUCGCCGGAGCACGAUGAUCCUGAAGGCGUGAAUGCAGAUACGGAGGUCACGGAAAGGGCGAAAGAGAGCAAGGAUCCAACAGAUACAACAAUCACAAACACCGCAGAUUUGUGUCCAACAAAAGAUUGCUCUGCAUGGCCUCUAUCUGAUGGGGUUGGCAGUCUUGGGAUAGAGCCUGCAAAUAUGGUAAACUUGAACAUGCAAAUGGAUGAGGAUGAAGACUAUGAUAAUGAAGACUGAUGAUGUUUUGUUGGUGAUGGAGAUGAUGAUGUGUAAUUAUUUUUGUGGGUAAUGAAGUUUGUAGAAAUAGAAAUUAGCUUUUUUUUAAAACCAUUUAUUAUGCUUUUUAUA